UAUAAUUAAUCUAAGAGGGAAUUCCUGCAAUUUCACAAAUUUUCUCUUUCACUCUGAAAAUUUUCCCUUCUCAUCUUUUUCAUUCUUGCUAGCCAAGAAAGUUGAAAAAGAAAAUUAUUCCAAAAGCUUUCCAAACAAGCCUACCAUCCACAGAUAAUCAACUCCAAAAAACUACAGCAACUUGCUCCUUCGGAAACUCUGUCAAGGUAAAGAUAUUCUCGAAUUUCCAUUUUCUUUCCCAUUAAUUUUCUCUCUGCGCGCGCUAUGAAUCUCUGCUUUCUCAAUCGCAUUUUCUCGCUUAUUUCCACACACCCACUUCUUAGUUUCUUUCUUUCUUUACAAACAGUUUUCAAUUACAACUUCCGCGUUCUGAUCGAUUCAACUUAAUUUGUUAUUCAGAGGAAAAUAAAAUAAAAUUAUGCAGAUCGAACAAGAACCCAAUAUCAACAACAUUCAAGCAACACGGAGAUCAAAUUUUCUCGGGAAAAUUUUUGAGUAUAUUUUCUACUUCCAAUGUGUGUUCACCAUCGUCUUAACAAGCUUCUUCGCUAUCCGCGGCAUCUUCUCCAACGACGACCACCAUUUCCACCCAGUUAUGUGGUACCCUCCAUCGUUGACCGCCAUCGGAGUCUCUGCGAUCACGGCUUUCCUAUUGCAAUCUUUGACCUCCAGAAACCCAUUCAAAGCCAUGAAAGCAAUCUUCUGGUUCAUGAGUCCAAUAGCCACUAUACUCCUCGGAUCGCUGAUCAUCUCCGUCGGUAAUGGGGCAGGCUUUGGAACUGGUAUCCUUGUGGUCAUCUCCGGCAUAGUUAUAUCCUUAAAUGGCUGCCGGGUCAUUCCCAGAUUAGCAUACGCCAUUGAUGUUCUUUCACAUUCUCUUGAUCAUACUCCUCCCAAGAAAAACUGCAUAAUCUUCCUAGCGAUUCUAGCCAGCGUUUUUUAUUCCUGUUUCUUGGUCGCCGGAAUCGGAGGAAUAGCAACGACCAGGACCAGAAUCGAUGAAUUUGUGUUCGUCCCAGUAAUCUUGCUCUGCCAAUUUUGGACGAUGCAAGUGAUCAAGAACGUAAUUCUGGUUACAGUCUCACGGGUCAACUAUAAACGCUUCAAGAAUAGUACUGAGUUCGAUACUUUCGUAGCUCUCCGAGAGACGCUACGGGACUCCAUGGGAAGCAUCUGUAUGGGGUCGAUUUCGGUUCCGGUUUUCGCGGCCAUUUACGGUUUCGCACAAACAAUGAAACUGCUCGACGUUUGUUGUGCUAAUUGCUGCUUUGGCUUCGCUUCAAAACUGGUCUCGUAUGGGAAUCGAUGGGGUUUCGUUCAUGUGGGAGAGCACAGGAAAGGAAUUGUUCGGGCUUCCAUGGAUACUCUGGAGUUGUUGAAGGGGAGCCAGUUGGAAAAAGUAAUCGGGUCGGAUCUCAACGCGACGCUCUGUUUCCUAUGUGGGGUCGCCGGAGGAUCAAUUUCCGGUAUCGCCGGUGGAGCUUGGGCACUUGCAGUUCACAAGAGCUACGUCAUUCAGAUUUCUCUCUAUGCCUUUCUAAUUGGGUAUUACAUGGGUCGGAUUGCAAUGGCUUGGUUGCAUGCUUCUGUUAUGGCUUACUAUGUGGCAUUUGCAGAGAAUCCAAGGAGCAUUGUAUUUCUGAACUCUCCUAUCCCAGGUCAGAUUGAAGAUAUUCGGAGACUCGAAAAUGCAAGUUCAUCAUCAAGAUCUCAAAUACGCGAAGAAUUCAGGCAACAAAUUAGAGAUCAGAUUGAAGAAUUAGUGAGAACAGAUGAUUGUAAUGCCCGAAGAGAAUUAAACUUGUAGAUUCGAUUCCAUAUUUUCGACGAAGUGAAUGGAAAAAAAAAAGCAGGUAGGUACAUUUUUUUGACUGGUACGAAAGAUGAUAUGAACUUUUGCUCUUUGAUCAUGAAUAUUAGACAAUGGAAAAAGCUUGUAGCUACAUUUUUUGAUUGGUAAGAAACAUGAUGAAUUUUUUACUCUUUGAUCUUUUAUACUAGUUAAGCUUGUUGUAUGUAUGAAAAGCACACAUUUCCUCUUUUAAAACUUCAUUA